AUGGAAUCAGGAACUCCCAUUUCACGGCUCGAGGAUGUUUGCAAGCAAAAUCGCUCCGAGAUCGCUGCAUUGCAACGCGGCCAGAUUGAGACGAUCGCUCAAAUAGGGGGUACCCAAGAGCGGCUCGGUUCCGUUGAGACCUCUGUCAAGAACAUCGAGAAGAUGUUGCGUGAUUCGCUGAAGCUGAAACAACCCAUUCCAGAGUAUGGAACACCCAGCGACUUCUCUGCUGUUGUGGGAGAUUGGCAGCAACCUCGCUGGCCAAAAGGGGUGAAAACAGAGUUACCCAUGUUUGACGGAGAGGGGGUGGAAGAGUGGACGUUUCGGGCUCGAAAAUACUUCGAAGUAUAUGCCGUACCAGAGGCGUGGAGGGUACGAAUGCUCUCAUUCCACAUGACCGGUCCGGCUUAUACAUGGUAUCGUUGGUGCGUGAACAAUUCCAUUAAUCACACUUGGGAGAGUUUCUUGGAUGCGCUCUGCGUUCGAUUUGGCCGUAGCAUCUUUCAUGACCCCAAAGCAGCCUUGAAGGAGCUCAAACAAGUCACAACCGUGGCAGUUUACCAGCACCAGUUUGAAGAGCUCUCGAAUCAAGUAACGGGGUUGAGUGAAGAAUGGCUUACCUCAUUAUUUGUUGCUGGGUUACUGGAGGCAUUGAAGUGUGAACUCAUGCUGGCUAAACCCCGCACGUACGUCGAGGCUGUGGUGCUGGCCAAGCUUCAUGAACAAAAAUUUCAAGCCAGCAACCUGAAUUUGAGGCCACAUAGGAGUAGAACCAUGGGAAGCUCCCAACCUGCCCAACUGGGUGCAAAUCGCACUCCACCUCCACGCUCUCCCAGCUACACCCCAUCAGCUACUGGGAUGAACACUGCAUCAGAGAAGUCUUCAAACAUGCUUCCAUCAAUUAACCAAACCCACAAACACCUUUCUACUGCUGAAAUUAAACAAAGGAGGGAUAAGGGGUUGUGUUAUUACUGUGAUGAAAAAUACUCCAGGGGCCAUAAAUGCAAAUCAACGUACUUAUUGUUAGUAGGGGGAGAGGAGUUAGAGGAGUUAACUCGAGAAAGAACAGAUGAGGACAAGAGCUUUGAUUUGGACAUUAAUUCGCCACAAUCCAGUCCGGAGGAAGGAGUAAUGGAGAUUAGCUUCAACGCCAUGGUGGGUGCGUAUCAUCCAGAGACUAUUCAGAUUGCCGGGACUUGUGAUGGUCAUCCAGUUAUGGUGCUAGUUGAUGGCGGCAGCACUCACAAUUUCAUGAAAGCAGCUACUGCCCAGAAAUUGUGCUUACCCCUGACCCCAGUGCACCAGCUGAAUCUGUAUGUGGGUAAUGGGGAGUGUAUCGGUUGUGCAUCCAAGUGCAGUGCGGUGCCAUUGCAUAUGCAAGGGUAUGGUUUUCGGUUGGAGACUUUCAUACUGGACAUUAAGGGUGCAGAUGUUGUUCUAGGGGCACAAUGGCUUAUGCAACUUAGUGAUGUUAUGAUGAAAUACAUGCACUUGACCAUGGAAUUCAAAGUGAGUGAAAUUACUAUCAAGCUGCAGGGGGAGAGGUUGUUCCAGCCGGGGGCAGUAAGGAACCGAGUCCUCAACAAGAUGGUGUCGGCAGAUGUAAUUGCCUCAUUUUUGCAUUUGCGUGUGGUUGAAUCGAUGCCUACAACAGAACUGAGUGCACAAGAUGAAGAGGUGCAACUGUUACUAGAUGAGUAUCAAGAAGUAUUCAAGGAGCUAGAGCAAUUACCUCCACAAAGGAAAAUUGAGCAUCAAAUUCAUUUGCUGCCUGAAACCAAUCCAGUGAAUGUCCGGCCCUAUCGGUACCCAUAUUUUCAAAAGGAGGAGAUUGAGAAGCUGGUAGAUGAGAUGAUGCAGGCAGGGGUGAUUAGGGAAAGUCAUAGUGCUUUUUCCAGCCCGGUAUUGCUAGUACGGAAGAAGGAUGGUAGUUGGCGGUUCUGUGUGGACUAUCGCGCCCUCAAUGCCAUUACAAUCAAAGAUAAGUUUCCCAUUCCCACUAUUGAUGAAAUUUUAGAUGAGCUAUACGGUGCUGCCUAUUUUUCCAAAAUUGAUUUACGCUCCGGUUAUCAUCAGAUUCGAGUACGGGAUGAGGACAUUCACAAAACAGCAUUUUGGACACACCUUGGCCACUAUGAAUUUGUUGUGAUGCCUUUCGGCCUUACCAAUGCCCCUUCCACAUUUCAAGCCACGAUGAACAAAGUGUUCAAACCCCACCUUCGAAAGUUCAUUGCGGUUUUCUUUGAUGAUAUCCUGGUUUAUAGCAGGUCCAGGGAGGAACACCUUGUUCACCUCAGAAUUGCUCUUAGUGUGUUGCAACAGCAUCACUUUGUGGCCAAAUUCUCCAAAUGUGCUUUUUGUCAAGAACAAGUUGAGUAUCUUGGGCAUGUGGUUACCAAAGAGGGUGUCCAGGUAGAUACCUCCAAGAUUAUGGCAAUAGUGGAAUGGCCAAGGCCGACGACCUUAAAACAGCUUCGGGGGUUCCUUGGUCUAACCGGGUAUUACCGCAGAUUUGUGGCUAGUUAUGCGCAUCUUGCUACCCCUCUUACUGAACUACUAAAGCGCUUUGAGCGUUUAAAGUUGGUUUUAACACAAACACCGGUCCUUGCCUUGCCCAAUUUUAGUCUUCCCUUCACUGUAGAAACUGAUGCCUCAUCACAAGGAAUUAGAGCGGUGUUGUCUCAACAAGGACACCCUAUCGCAUAUUUCAGCAAGAAGCUCAAUAGUAGAUUGCGGGUGGCUUCGGCUUAUGUGCGGGAACUCUAUGCCAUUACCCAAGCUGUCGCUAAAUGGUGCCAUUACUUGUUGGGGCACCGAUUCUACAUCAAGACAGACCACCAAGGCUUGCGGGAGCUCAUGAAUCAGGUGGUGUUAACCCUGGAUCAACAGUUUUAUCUCACCAAGUUGUUAGGAUAUGACUUUGAGGUAGUAUUUCGCUCUGGCAAGACUAAUCAUGCUGCUGAUGCGCUAUCGCGACAGGAUGAGGAUGUUGAGGUUACAAGCUUUCAAUCAUUCUCAACGGUGCAAUCAUCGUUGUUACCCUCCCUCUUGCAUGCCACCGCAGAGGAUCAAGAGACCCAACUCCUUAUUAGUUAA